AUGUGGGAGGGAGUCCAAGCAGAUGAAGUGUUGGGCACAAUUCAGGCCUCGGGGUUGAAUCUACCGCCCGAUACGGCCAAAGUGUCAAGCUCAUCAGGAUGUGAUUUGAUAUGCAGUUACAAUUGGCAGAUUGGAGGUAUAGAGAUCAUAAGUCCUGGAUGCGUGGCGGAAUGGAAGAAGAUUGACCUGCCUCUUAAUCUUACGGGGGCUAGAAGGGACCAUGCCCGUUCUACCGAUCAACUUCGCGUGCCUCGCCAUUCCUUUGAACCGCUGUUCAGAGCUGUGGAGGUGAUGAAUCCGCGCCUCCGAUUCAACGACGUUGACAUUAUUUGCAAUCGAAAUAGCCUCAGGAAUUUGAUCCUAUUUUCUAGCCAGAGAUAUUUACAAAACUUCCGAGUCAACCUUCUGGUGGUUAAUAAUACUCUGUUCAUUGAAAGGUGCGAGCGUGAUGCAUCGAUCAUCAUUCGAGGUUCAUACGACCGUGGAUUUGGUCGAGCGUUUGAGAAGGCUUGCACAACUUACCCUGAGGGAUUAGAUGCUAGUUCUUCUCACCACUGUGUUUUAAGUUACCCUUUGGGCGACUUGAGUUGUGUUGUCCGCUUUGAGGUCGACGCUUCUUAUAAUGAGACUAAAGAGCCAGGAGCUUCGGGGUCAACAAAUUCUUUGUCUUCGGAAUUGGAAAACCGGUCCACAAACUGCCCACAAUCAGGAAACCCGGAAACGAGCCAUGUCGUUGAUUCAAUGAGGCAGGCUGGGUUAAGGCAUCAGACGGCAGCAGCCGAAAUCAAAACCGGGGUACGACUCAAACCUUCGAACAAAUGCAUGGAGCAGCUUUGGUUUGGGAGAACCCCCUGGCUGAUCCGUGGCGUCCACUCCAACGGCACAUUCCACAAGGUGGUGGUCGCUAAUGUUGGUGCCUCGUUCAUUGAAUGGGAGGAGGACCACCAGACGCAACUGCAAAAGUUGGUGAUGACGCUCAAGCAGCUACGAAGUAUUGCUCGAGAUCUUGGCGGAGGUAACUGUGUUGCCAUAUUCGAAAGGUCGCUUGGUUCUCAAACUCUCAAGGUGUUCAAGGCAGUCGAGGAGAAGCAAGCAUUGCCGGAAGAAAUGAUUGCGAAAUUUUGGGGGCCGUAA